UCGCGCGAACCAGUGAAAUGUGUGCCGGCAUCCUCAUCGAAUAUGUACACCGUUGAUCUUUAAUUCCGUGGGAUCCUGAAUGCUUUUUAUCGACCCAAUAAGGGGGAGUAGCCGUCAAUUAUUUUUACAAUCUUUCCUGGAAGAUUGUCGUUCCGGCUAUAAGUUGACGUAAAAUAUGGCAUCGUUGAAGCUGUUGGCGGGGGUCACGGGUGCCGUGGGUGCCAGUGCAAUAACCUCCUAUAUGUUAAUGUCCGACUCGACCGUUUACGCCGAUCAACAGAAAUCAAAGCCAAUGAAAAGGCCUUUGCCGACACGAGAGGAUCAAAUAAAAACAUUAAAAACUCACGGCCAGUACGACGUUCUUAUUGUUGGUGGAGGUGCAACAGGAGCUGGAUGUGCUUUGGAUGCCUGUACACGAGGUUUGAAGACAGCUUUAAUCGAAGGUGAUGAUUUUGCAUCGGGUACAUCUUCCAGAAGUACAAAGCUCAUUCACGGUGGAGUUCGUUAUCUACAGAAAGCCAUAAUGCAGAUAGACGUAGAGCAAUAUAAAAUGGUCAGGGAGGCGUUGCAAGAACGUGCCUCGAUGUUGCACAACGCGCCUCAUUUGGCUCAUCCUUUACCCAUAAUGUUACCUGUAUACACGUGGUGGCAAAUUCCUUAUUACUGGUUCGGUAUAAAAAUGUAUGACUUGGUUGCUGGGUCGCAAACAGUGAAGGCAUCUUACUUCCUUAGCAAAUCCAAUGCGUUAGAACUGUUUCCAAUGUUGAAAGGCGACAAGCUUACAGGAGCAAUUGUCUACUACGAUGGUCAACAAGAUGACGCCAGGAUGAAUUUAGCAGUUGCUUUGACCGCGUCGAGGCAUGGUGCAACAGUUGUAAAUCACGUAACAGUUGUCAACCUCUCGAAAGGUCUCGACAAGGACGGCAAUCGAGUACUGACUGGCGCUCGUGUCAGGGACGAGCUCACCGGCGAGGAAUGGGACGUGAAAGCGAAAGCGAUAAUAAACGCAACAGGUCCCUUCACGGAUCACAUAAGGAAAAUGGACGACCAAAAUGUGAAAACAAUUUGCGCUCCUUCUUCGGGCGUUCAUAUCGUUCUACCCGGUUAUUACAGUCCCGACCAGAUGGGUCUGCUGGAUCCAGCGACCAGCGACGGCCGUGUUAUCUUCUUCCUGCCUUGGCAGAAGCAAACGAUCGCAGGAACGACUGAUCUACCCUGCGACAUCACGCAUAAUCCCCGACCGACCGAGGACGAGAUCAUGUUCAUUCUACACGAGGUCAAGAACUACCUGAAUCCGGACGUUGAGGUACGUCGUGGAGAUGUACUGUCAGCGUGGAGUGGUAUCAGACCCCUUGUCUCGGAUCCGAAUAAACCGAACACUCAGUCACUCGCCAGAAAUCACAUUGUGCACGUCAGUCCGACGAAAUUGAUCACGAUAGCUGGAGGCAAAUGGACGACUUACAGGGCAAUGGCCGAAGAAACAAUAGACGCGGCUAUCAAAGCUUGCGAACUACAACCGGAAAGGCCCUGUCAGACCAGAGGCUUACAACUGGAAGGUGCACACGGUUGGAGUCCGACAAUGUACAUCAGAUUGGUGCAAGAUUUCGGACUGGAAUGCGAAGUCGCCCAACACUUGGCCAAGAGUUACGGGGACCGUGCAUUUGCUGUGGCGAAGAUGGCUUCUCUUACUGGGAAACGGUGGCCAAUUAUAGGAAAAAAGAUCCAUCCUGAAUUUCCGUAUAUCGACGCCGAAAUUCGAUACGGAGUUCGUGAAUAUGCGAGAACAGCAAUUGAUAUGAUUGCACGAAGAUUGAGAUUAGCGUUCCUGAACGUUCAAGCGGCCCAGGAAGCUCUUCCAGGUAUCAUAGACAUCAUGGCGGAGGAGUUACAUUGGACAGAUGAUGAGAAGAAGAAGCAACACAAAGAGGCCAGCGACUUCCUUGCCAAUGAAAUGGGAUCGAUGGUUAACCGUGCUUCACGCGACAAGAUUCCCAUUAACCUGACCAAGGAAGAAAUACAGUUAUACAUCAAGCGUUUCGGAAUCAUCGACAAGGAUAACAAAGGAUACGUGUCCAUUAAUGACAUCAGGCGAGGACUUAAGCUAUUCGGUGACAAGGAGGUACCUGGUGAAGAGCUUCAUGAAAUACUGCGCGAAAUCGACACUAAUAUGAACGGUCAAGUCGAGUUGGAUGAAUAUCUUCAGAUGAUGUCAGCCAUUAAAUCUGGACAUGUGGCGUACUCGCGUUUCGCAAGAAUGGCAGAAAUGGAGGAGGCACAACACGAGCAGGAAAUAUUGAAGAAACAGAUCAGUGUGGAGAGAUCAGGUGGAGGACUGUGAAGAGAUUCACGGUCUACUUCAGUGUAAUUAACAUAUUGACACCAUUACGACAAACUGUUUAUCAUAGAAUAUUUGUUCACCCCAAAAUUCACAUGUAGUCCAGUCUAGUACAAAUGCUCCAGGAUCACAAUGAUCACGUGUAUUUCAUACUUUCUACUGCAACUUCUAUUUUGCAAUCAGCCUUUUCAAGCUCAACGAAUAAAAACUAAGCAGUAUCUGUUAGAAUUUUAAGAAUGAAAACGACACGAUCAUACGAAUUUGAACUUUUAAUGUAAAUAUCUUGUGUACAGCAUCUUAGUUGCACAAAAAUAGCUGUGUCAUGUUUGUAUAUAUGUUUUCUGCAAAACGCAGUGCAAUUGAGGUGUAUCCGUUACACCACAUUAUAUACAAGUCGUUUAGAUUUAUGUGAAAUUAUACAUCCAAUUUCGCAUUGUAAACUUCCAUAUGUAUGUAACAAAGGCUUGCAACCAAUUAUUAGUUGCAAGUGUUAUAACUAUUAUAACAAUUAAGAUAUUUCACAACUAUAAAAGGGCAACACAGGUGCAGUCUCAUGAUGAUUUUGAACUUACUUUUCUGUAAAAAAAAUCUGUAUCGUUACCAUUGAAGAACAAGCACGAGUAUUGUGAAUAACUUUGUCUUGAUACGUUAUACACAAUAGUCGUAAACCAAGAGUUAAUUCAUGCCACUCUACAAUCUUAUUUUUAGGAUUUGAUCAGAGAAUUUUAUUUGUAAAUUAUAUUAAUUGCUAAUGUAUAUUAGAACCAAUCUAUAUAGAUUAACCAUUAUUUAAAUAACUACUUAUUUUAUUUAUUGACUCUAACAUUGUGGAGUCACACAUGUAAACCCACAUUAGAGAUUAAUUUAUUUCGCAAUCAUUAGUCAUUGCCACCAAUUUAAUAAAACUCAUAUUGAAGUA